AUGUCAAGAAAUCUUCGGUUGUACGAUUUUGCCAUCAAAGCAUGUUCGCUCGAUGGACAAAUUGGAUACAAAAUAGCCAUGCUCAGAGCUCGAGUGAAUUUGAAGGUCCAACUUUCGAACGACAAGGUAGUUGAUACCGUCGACGUCGAAGAUAUCGGAGAAAAGAAAGCGUUUUGUCGAUGUUGGAAAAGCGAAAAGUUUCCGUAUUGUGACGGUGCGCACACGAAGCACAACAAGGAAACUGGUGACAACGUUGGUCCACUGGUCCGUGAAAAGACCACUGAACAUAGUCGUCAGCGUGUACUAUGCAUGCGUGGUUAA